UCGUUUCCUUCUUGCUGAAGGAAUUGUUUACGAAGUUCACAUGACCUAGCCGAAAGCUGGAAAUAUAGUGUUAGUUAAAGCUUGCCCCAAAAUGAGCAGGAAACGGAUAAAUCCGAGGAUGGAUCCCUUAACAUUGAGUGGAUGCAGUGAACGGCAUCACCACAGAUUCUCCUGUCACCAUAAUAGUGGUGACUUUUUGCUUCCCAGAGAAGAAAAUGAAGGCUUUGCCCCAAGAUCAACAAGCCCCAGCACGAACGAUGAAGCCAGUCAUAUUCAAGCGGGCGAAGAAGUCUUGAGAAGAAAGCUGAGUUGGUAUUUUAUGAACCCUUACCAGAAAUACAAACUUAAAGGUCGAAAACCAUGGAAACUGGUGCUGCAGUUCUUCAAAAUAGUAUUAAUUACUUUUCAAGCAACAUGGUUCGCAAUGGAUUUGCAAUCUGUCGUGACCUUCGACACAGACAAUUUGGCAGCAUUUCGGCAUAUUUUUAUCAAAGACUAUCCCGGAGGAUUACGCUAUGUGCCAGUAUUUACGAAACCAGAGCUAUACGACCGUAUGCAUUAUGUUUGGCGGCAGUACCAUAACUUCACCCAGGUGACCGUGGGUACUUACGAUCUCCCUCUACCAGAAAAAGACAGAAGAAUAAACCUGUGCAUUUACCGAUUAAUUCCAAAUAGAAGUACAGAUUAUGAUGAGGAUGACAGCAACAGAUCCUGCCACAACUUAACUCCACCAUCAGGAAUUGAUGCAGACAAUGUGACAGAGUUUGUUGUGAAGAAUAGAAUUCCAAAGAGUUUUGAGUUUGUGACAAAAGUUGUAAUGAAAUUUAGUAUGAAAACGAAAAAUACAAAGCAUAAUGUCGCUGAAAGCCAAGCAGACUGUUACACUUACAAUAUAAUUGCUUCAUUCAACAAUGAUGAUUAUGAUGGGAAAAUGCAGUUCAGGCUUUACUAUGAACAGUCAUUUAAACCUUGUGAUACCAACCCUACUUCCAUGUCCUAUGCUAAACUUGGAGUUGAAAUUUUUGUCAUAAUCCUCUGCAUUAUGUCUUUGACACUUUGCCUCAGAUCCUUUAUGAGGCACCUUAAACUAAGCAGAGAGACAAUAAAGUUUUUUGUUGAGUUCCGGCAUGAAAAGCUCACACUUUCUGACAAGAUGAAUUUCUUGAAUUUUUGGAUUCUGCUUAUAAUUCUUAGCGACAUUUUAGUGAUUUGUGGAACAAUAAUCAAGAUAGUGAUUGAUUUUGCUGAUGUGGCGAUGUAUGAUGCAUGUGCAUUGCUGCUUGGAAUUGCAGUUCUGUUUUCUUGGGUUGGUAUUUUGCGCUACCUUGGCUUUUUGAAAGGCUAUAAUACACUCCUGAUUACACUAAAGGUUGCAUUUCCACAAGUUUGCAGAUUUCUAGUGUGUGCUGCAAUUAUCUACUUUGGAUUUACCUUCUGUGGAUGGGUUGUCUUUGGCCCUUAUCAUGAAAAGUUCAAAGACAUCAUCACAACCUCAGAGUGUUUAUACUCACUUGUUAAUGGUGAUGAUAUGUUCAACACAUUCAAACUUAUGAAUGACAGGGACUAUACUUUGUGGAUCUUCAGCAAGGUUUACCUCUAUUUGUUUAUUUCUUUAUUCAUUUUUGUUGUCCUGAGUUUGUUUAUUGGUAUUAUUGGUGACACAUAUGAAAGAAUUAAAGACUACGGACAUCCUCCUAAAACUAGAAUUCAGUUAUUUAUGGAAGGCCUAGAGUAUCAUGAGCCAGACUCAAGUGAUAGUGGAAGUGAAUCUGGAACGGAGGCCAAUGAAAGACGACCUUUGCUAUAGACGCUGUCUAAAAAUACUAUUCUUUCUAUAAUUUGGAUUUUGUGUUGAAUAAUUCAACUUAGCUUUGCGUAGUUUCAGAGACCAAUUUUUAUGAUUGAUAAGAUUAUUUUAUAGAGUCAGAACUGGAAUGAGUCAAUACCAGUAAUUAAAUUUGUUCCAUGAAAAUCUAAUUGAUGUUCUAUUUUACCAAUUGUCGGCAAUAAUGCUGUUUUACUAAAUUCAGUUCAGUUCAUUUAAUUUCAAAAUUCCACAACAUGCAAUUAAAUAGCAAGUUAACAACAACAAAUAUUAAUAACAUACAAUAUAAAUAUGUCAUAAUUUGAGAAAUAACAAAUUAAAAAAGAAAAGUGCUGGUGGUCAGCUUUGGUUGGAAAUCAGAAGCAAUUUAAGACAGUAUUCUUCUAAUGUAUUAAUCACCCAACAAUCAAGCAAAACAAAUAUAUAAGAUAAACAUUUUAUGUCGUUAAAAAGGUGAAAAAAUUCAGGGAUAAACUUUAUGUCAUAAUAAUUUUUAGGCUUUUGAUAUUUUGAUUUUGAUAUUUUUUGGUUGUCAAUAAUACAGUUCUAAUGUAUCACAAAAGAAUGUUUAGGUUUUACCAUUUUCUUUCACAAUUAGCACUUA